AUGGCAACUAGUAAGAAUGGAAAUUUACGAAAGAAUAAAAAAUUAGUUAUUGUUGGAGAUGGAAUGUGUGGUAAAACAUGUCUGUUAUUUGCAUUUAAAGAUGAUAAAUUUAUAUCGAAUCAUGAUGCAACUAUUUUCGAUACCUAUGUUGCUGAUAUUCAAGUAGAUGGAAAAACUAUUACUUUGGCUCUUUUUGAUACUGCUGGUCAAGAAGAUUUCGAUCGUCUUCGUCCAUUAUCAUAUCCGGAUACAAAUGUUGUGCUAAUAUGUUUUAGUGUUGAUAGUCCAGCAUCAGCUAUAAAUACGAUUGAAAAAUGGAUGCCAGAAGUACGACAUUUUUGUGAUCAAUGUCCAGUAAUAUUAGUAGCAUGUAAAAAAGAUUUAAGAACAGAUGCUAAAACUAUUGAAAAAUUAAAAAAAGAAGGUGAAGCAAUAGUGACAAAUGAAGUUGGAAGACGAAUAGCUGCACAAAUUAGAGCUGAUGCUUAUAUUGAAUGUUCAGCAAGGACCCAUGAAGGUGUACAAGAUUUAUUUCUACAAGCUGCUCGUUUAUCACUUAAACGUUAUAAGCGUAAGAAACAUGUCAAAUGUACUUUACAUUAA